AUGAAGCUGUUCAAAGCGAUUGAACGUCGAAGCGGAUCGGCUAGUCAGCCGAUGCGCGUGGGUUGGACCAUCAUGCCUCCGCCACCGCUGCCGCCGCCAUCGUCGUCGUACAGCUUCAAUCACGAACAGCUGACUGACCCGAUAGCAGCCCAUUCAAUCGGGAGGCGAUGCCGGAGUCAGGUGGUGCUGCCUCAACGUACUUCAAUGUUUCGCGUCGCAGCCAAUCCAACUGAGAUCAAAGCGGCAGUGUUGAAUGAUAUACGGAAGAAGAGGAGUCAGACGAAGAAUACGGCGGCUUCGCCAGUGUUUUACAAACUUUGUUUCAUUUUUUCUAUCUCAUUUGAUUUGUUCUACACUGAAGCACUAUGUGGAAAAGACUUUGUGAAAACGAUUUCCGACUCCCAAAAACAAAUUGUAUCCGGUGAUUUCCGAGAUAAACCUGACGUUGAUGAAUUGGUGUUGUCGCAGUGA